AUGCCUGGAAAGAAGAAUAAAUCAGAAAAAUCUGGCUUUGGACGAAAUUUUCACAAAUCAAUGCAGAUUGAGAGAGAAUUGAAGCAACGUGAUCUGAAAUUCUCUGAAAAUGUCAAAGAACAAAAAGACUUACAAGAAUUCCUAGAUGAACAUCAACGAUUCUUCGAAGUUUAUUUGGAAAAUUGUAUUUCAUUUCAUUCAAAACUACCAGUGAGAAAUCUGUUUGAAGACAUGAUGACAUUUUUGGAAGAUUUUGUUAAUAUGAAACAUCGAGUAAAUUUACAAAAGAAGUUAAACUGUAUUGAUAUAGAAUAUGAAUGUUCUGAUCAACUUUUAUAUUUAUUUAAUUUUGAUCAUUUGAAAGAUAAUUAUGGAUCUCGAAACUUCGUUGAAGAUAUCAACAAUUAUUCAUUAUCAAAAGAUUUAUCAAAUUUACAUGAAGAAUAUUCUUGUGUAUGUUUCGUACAUCUUUUAGAAAAACAUCAAUGGAUUGUUAUUCUUAGUGAUCCAGGUAAUUCAAAAACAACUAUACUUCGUUGGAUUAUACAUAAAUUUGAUCGAGCAGUUAAAAAUAAUUGUCGAAUAGUAAGAUUUGAAGCUGACAAUUGUUCAGCUAUUAACAUUCCAGUUCAUAUUUCAAUUUUAAUUCGAAUUGUAGAAUUCGUUACAUGGUUCGAGGAAGAUCCAAUAAAAACUUUAAUAGAUUAUAUUGGUGAACAUACUUGA